AUGACGGAACGGGGAAAUAGUAGCAAAGAGCAAAAGCAGAGUGCGGGGUCCGAAAAGGGGCUAAGCCAGGACAAAGGAAUGGGAGAUCCUCUGAGUCUCCAAUCGUCCGAUCAUCCAGGUAUGACUUUAGUCUCUGCACCUCUGGUAGGAUCUAACUUUCGAUCUUGGAAUAGGGCUGUUAGGAUAGCCCUGGGUGCCAAGAUGAAGUUAGGGUUUGUCGAAGGAACAGUUUCGGCACCUAGUAAGGAAUCUGAAGAUUAUGAACAAUGGAAGAGAUGUGAUUUCAUGGUCACAUCUUGGAUCUUGAAUUCCAUCUCCAAAGAACUGGUGGAUGGGUUUAUCUACACUGCCUCGGCCAGAGAUCUCUGGCUAGAGAUCAGUGAGAGGUUAGGAGAAUGUAACGGACCCAUGGUUUAUGAGUUACACAGAAAAAUUUCCCUAAUAGCUCAAGAGAACGCUUCUGUCUCAGUUUACUUUACCAAGCUAAAGAGGCUCUGGGACGAGCUUGGCUCGAUGGAAACUCUCCCCACCUGUACGUGUGGGGCGUCUAGAGCCAUUGCUGAGAUAACCAAUCGUAACAAGCUCAUGCAAUUUUUAAUGGGCCUGAAUGAGGUCUUUGGGUCAGUCAGAGACCAAAUCUUGGGAAUGGACCCUUUGCCAACUGUAAAUAAGGCAUACUCCAUGGUUGUUAAAUUUGAAUCACAAAGGGAGGUUCUAGGGGCUAUGAAUGAUAACUCAGAAUCUCUAGUGCUUCUAAAUAAAAGUUACUCACAGAGUCAAACCAGGUCUAGAAAAUUAGACACUAAGAAGGCCCACUGCAACAUGGAUGGACACACUCGAGAGGGGUGUUUCAGACUCAUUGGGUACCCAGAUUGGUUCAAAUCUAAGAACAAAACUGGAACUCACCCAGUUAGGGGUUCUAAAGACACCAGAAUGGUGGCUGCAGUCAAGGGAGCUAAAUCUGUAGAGGACAACCCUCUAGAUCACUUUGACACCUCAACUAAAAUCAGUGAACUAACUUCAAUGUUAAGUUCAUUGAAGUAA